UAAAACCCUAAACCCUAAUUUUGUCCAUUUUUAACAUCUCCCCUUAGGCUGUGAUUGUGUCUCAUUUGGUCUCACCUAUACACUAAGCCGGCGGCAGCCAUGACUGAUGUGGAGCUCUCUCGCUCAGAGAAGAAGAAGAAGAAGAAAAGCAAGUCUAAUGAUGACCCGGAAGCUUUGCCCGGCGGCAAUGAACCAACCGAGGUUCAUGGUGAUUAUCUCAUCAAGCCACAGAGCUUCACUCCUUCCAUUGAUACGUCCCAGUGGCCGAUUCUCCUGAAGAACUACGACCGGUUGAAUGUUCGGACCGGACACUACACUCCUCUUCCCUCCGGCCACACUCCGCUCAAGCGGCCGCUUGCCGAGUACAUCAGGUACGGUGUUCUCAACCUCGAUAAGCCUGCGAAUCCCUCGUCCCAUGAAGUCGUGGCUUGGAUUAAGAGACUCUUGCGGGUCGAGAAAACGGGUCAUAGCGGCACGCUUGACCCGAAAGUCACGGGGAACUUGAUUGUCUGUAUUGAUCGGGCCACCCGGCUCGUGAAAUCCCAGCAGGGUGCUGGAAAAGAGUAUGUCUGUAUUGCACGAUUGCACUCUGCAGUGCCUGAUGUCGCGAAGGUGGCUCGGGCGCUCGAGACUCUGACUGGGGCUGUGUUUCAGCGGCCACCAUUGAUUUCUGCUGUGAAAAGGCAGCUUAGGAUUAGGACUAUAUAUGAGAGUAAGUUACUGGAGUAUGACGCGGAUAGGCAUUUGGUCGUUUUCUGGAUUUCUUGUGAGGCCGGAACUUAUGUGAGAACUAUGUGUGUGCAUCUUGGAUUGUUGUUGGGUGUGGGAGCACAUAUGCAGGAGCUGAGGAGAGUGAGGUCUGGGAUUAUGGGUGAGAAGGACAAUAUGGUGACAAUGCAUGAUGUUAUGGAUGCUCAGUGGGUGUAUGAUAAUUAUAGGGAUGAGAGUUAUUUGAGGAGGGUGAUUAUGCCGCUGGAAGUACUUCUAACUAGUUACAAGAGGUUGGUGGUGAAGGAUUCUGCCGUGAAUGCAAUUUGUUAUGGUGCGAAGCUGAUGAUUCCUGGGUUGUUGAGGUUCGAGAAUGAUAUCGAGGUGGGAGAGGAAGUCGUGUUGAUGACGACCAAGGGAGAGGCCAUUGCAUUGGGGAUUGCGGAAAUGACUACAUCCGUUAUGGCAACUUGUGAUCAUGGAGUGGUUGCAAAGAUUAAGAGGGUGGUGAUGGAUAGAGACACGUAUCCGAGGAAAUGGGGUUUGGGACCUAGAGCUUCGAUGAAGAAGAAAUUGAUAGCUGAUGGGAAGUUGGACAAGCAUGGGAAGCCAAACGAGAAAACACCAACUGAGUGGUUGAGGAAUGUUGUUUUGCCCACCGGAGGGGAUUCUAUGGUUGCUCAGCUUGCUGCUACUGAGCCAGAGCCAGCAAUCACAGAGGGUGGUAAGCGGAAAUUGGAUGAAGGUGAUGGAAGCCCCGCACAACAUGCUGCUAAGAAACCUAAGAUAUCACAAGUUGAGGAAACUGUGCAAGUGAACGAAACGGACAAGGAGGUGGAAGUUGGGAUUGAGAAGACUGAGAAGAAGAAGAAGAAAAAGAAAAAGGAUGGUAUGGAAGAGGUACAUUCUGAUGAGGAGAAGGAAAAGAAGGAAAAGAAGAAAGAUAAAGUAAAAACUGACUCGGCAUCACCCAAGGAGGAGAAGAAAAAGAAGAAGAAAAACAAAGAUGAACAGAACGGUGACUCUUCUUUGCCAGCUGCUGCUGGUGGAACCGACGAUGAAUCAAAUAGAAGCGAAAAGAAGAAAGAGAAGAAGAAGAAGAAAAAGAACAAAGAAGCCGAAGAGGAGUAGAGGCUGCUCAAUUUUGGACCUGGUUGUGACAACUUCAAUUCUACCUAAGUGUUGCCAAAUUGUACUAUCUGUUGGUCUGUUAAGACAUGUAUGUCUGCUCACUUUUAUUCUUCAUUUCUGAAUUGGUAGCUCAGUUUUAUGAUCUGUCUGUCUUAUUUACUUCCAGUUAAGUUCUUGGGGAUUUUUCAAACUUGAAUUACUGAGAGAUGUUAUCCUGGUUCAUAUGUU